UUUAGUUUUAAUGGUUGUCAUCUAACAGAGCAUGUGUUUUGUUUUGUGAGGAAUAACAUUUUUAAUAUGGGAUCUGAAAGAAACUCAAGUUCGUCAGAUUUGUGCUCCGAAAAAAUAAGACUGAAUUUUCAACGUCGAUGUGAUUAUAAAUGGAGAAAAUUAGAUUUGCAAAAAAUUUUUUCACUUACUGAAUUGGAAAAUUUAUGGAAUGAACUUGUCAGAGAAAAAGAGAUUGUAUUUCCUAACACAGAAUUUCCCGGGAGAGCUGAUGCUUGUAAUAAUCCUGGUAUGUGUUUUUGCUGGCUUUGUAAUCUUAUAAAAAUGCAGCAACAGGAUGAAUCAAAGCAAACCAAAACAGAGGAAGAAGAAUCAGAUAGAGAAGAAGUAGAAGCUUGUUUAAAAGCUUGCAUCAAGACUUGGAGUUUGGAUUUUAAUAUUGGUAAAAACAUAGAUAGUUGAAAUUAAAGUUCUUGAAAUUUUAUGUACAUUCUUCUGACCAGGGGUGGACUGGGUCCCGCAAGAGAGCGGCAACCUUGACCUCCAAAGGGUUCAAAAAAAAAAAAAAAAAAAGUGCCAAAAAGAAAAGAAAGAAUGAAAGAAAAGAAAGAACAAUGAUACACAGGUUUAUUGGUUUAAAGAAAAGAAAAAAAAGCGAGAAGUGAAGUCAGUCACACAGGUUUGUUAACCAGAAAAAAAAAAAAUAAAUAAAUAAAAUAAAAUAAUAAUAUGGAAGUUGCACCAAAAAAAAAAAAA